AUGGGAGCAGUUGCUGGUUCAAUAGCUUCACAGCGUAACAGACUUCGAACUCUUCGAGACGGUUGCGGCGCACGCCAACGAGGUCGACGCCUUUCUGUCUUGGAUCGGAGCAGCUCCUCGGAUCAAGAGACGCUAACAGUUCGAGUGAACUUCUGUCCUUCGUUGACACCCGACGACACCUCGAGUAUGUCCGUGGAAACCGAGGUACCGGAAGACUCGCUAUCGAUCAGCGCCGCCGAGGAUCACGCGAACUCGUCAUCCUCCACGGCCAAGUCCUGGCGUGACGAGCAGAGUCUCUUUGCUUCGGAAUCUGAGGGUUUGGGCGACUCUGAAAAGGAAAAUACCCCUUUCGUGCGCUUUUCGCUCGCAGGGCGCUUCGUCCCGGAGGACGACGCCCUACCUGGGUACCUGAGUGAUUCGGAGUCCGAAUCAGAACCUGAUACCGCAUCAACCGUUGCGGCAGAGUCGUUCUCCCGCACUGUCUCAGACGGGGACGAGAUGCUGCCCAGGGACUCGCUGAGAAUGUUAUGUGAACCAGAUUCGUAUGAGAGCUUCGACAACAACCGAUUUGCAGUACAUGUUUGUACAGAAACUAGGAAAAAUGAUCGAAGCUGGAUGCUGUCCUCUGGAGUCGCGGCGGAGUUUACCUCUGGCGACGUAGACGGUGCUAGUAGCAGUGCACCUGUCGUCCAUGGUGUAGAUUUGACGUGCGGCGAAUCAUGGCAGCGCCAGCGUGUGACCGCGCCCGAACCUUCCGAUUCCUUUUCACGGAGGUGCGCGGAAUGGUCGCUUCUGGACGUCCCGGAAAAUGGUUUGAAAAUUGAGCACCACGACCGAAACAGCCCUGGGUUCGCGACCCAGCGGGAGCAGGCGAGGCGAAUCUGUGCUCCUGAUUGCACGAUCAUGCUUUUCGACUGGGACGAUACGCUGCUCUCGUCGACGUGGCUCUCAACUUUAGGUUUCCGCGUAGAUGACACGGAAUCGUUACCGCAGGAACUUGUCGCAAAUCUGGAUGCACUAGAAGAUCUCGUCAUUGGUAUUUUGGAUGACGCCCAACAAUAUGGCCGCGUAUGUGUCAUUACCAAUGCGGAAACUGGUUGGGUGCAACUUUCAGCGGCCCGCUUCAUGCCACGAGUUUUGCAACAUCUCGACUCGAGCGAUAUUCGUAUCAUUUCUGCCCGAAGCAUUUACGAGUCAGAUUUUCCGCACUCGCCAUCGGACUGGAAAACGCAGGCAUUCAGGGCAGAGCUUGAGAGACAUCCAAAUUACCCGGCCAAUCUGAACCUCCUCGUUCUUGGCGAUUCAGUGAGCGAGCGCGACGCCGCACACGCCGUGCGCAGAUACUGGCUACAGGACGCACUCGUGAAGACGGUGAAGCUCGUCGAACGCCCGACGCUUGAGCAACUACGUCGAGAACUGGAACUUGUCCGAAAAGCGCUGCCCCAUAUCUGCGCAUUCGAGGGCUCUUUCGAUGUGAACCUGUCUGUUGAAUAG